AUGGAGAAUACAGAUGGUAUGGAUACAGAAUUUAACCUUAAUUGAAAGGCAGAAACUUUAUACUGUUCAUUUUUCUGUUAAUUGCUAAACGAUUAAAGAACUCAUGCUUUUUGAAUUAGACUUUUAAAAAUGUUCAGGCCCCAGUUUUGAAUACUCACCCAAUCUCUGUUCAGAAUCUGUAAGUGCAAAGGGAAAACAGGGUUCUUGCAGGAGGGGUCUGCUUCUGGACCUUAUGCCUGCAGAGAGAAGCUGAUGGCCUUUCCCCCUAAAGGUAAAGGACCCCUGGAUGGUUACGUCCGGUCAAAGGCAACUAUGGGGUGCAGUGCUCAUCUCGCUUUUCAGCCCAAGGGAGUCGGUGUUUGUCCACAGACAGUUUUCCAGGUCAUGUGGCCAGCAUGACUAAAUCGCUACUGGCACAUGGAGGACCAUGACGAGUGCCAGAGUGCACAGAAAUGCCGUUUACCUUCCUGCAGUAGCAGUACCUAUUUAUCUACUUGCACUGGUAUGCUUUUGAACUGCUAGGCUGGCAGAAGCUGGGACAGAGCAACGGGAGCUCACCCUGUCAUGCGGAUUCAAACUACUGACCUUCUGAUCGGCAAACCCAAGAGGCUCAGUGAUUUAGACCACAGCACCACCCCUUAAAAAUAAGAAGAAGCAGGAGGAGUAUUUCAGUACUAUGGGGCUGAGGGAUAACUUCUUCCAUUGGAGAGAGGCCUUUGCUCAGUGGGAGAGUGCAUGUUUUGCAAGCAUAAGUUCCCAACUGCAAUCCCAGACAUUUCUGCUUAUGAAGACUGAGGUAGCAGGGCUGAAAAAGACCUCUACCACAGAUAUCGGAGAGCUGUUGCACUUCAGAGCAGGCAGAACUGGCCUACAUGGUCCUGUACUCUUAAGGCCAAAAUACAUGGCAUGUUAUUCAAAUCAUUUGGUGCCAAGGGUCAACUUUCCUCUAACUGUGAACAUCAAUUUAGGGAGUCCCAAUUCAGACCCAGGCAGUGGUGGGGUCAAAGGAUAAAAAGCCUUCCUUACACACCACAGUCCUGACUCAUUGCUGACUACCAUGGAAGGCCAAACAAUGUCAAUAAUGUCACAUCUUGUUUGCCCCUGAAUCAGUAUACGGUUGCCUGAGACAACAUGUAUUCGGGCCACUCCUCACUUUUUGCUCAUGGGUCUUAUACAUAUACCUAAGCAUGAAAAGUAAAGUGAGCCAUGAGGUCUGUUGAGCAGGAGUUACGCUUCAAGCUCCACUCAAGAAGAUAGCUGCUUUUCCUGAUUCCCUUCUGUCUGGUUUUGUGCAAAAGCACCAAGCUCUUAGCCUGGGAACUUGUGUGCACACAGAGGCAUUUUUUUAUAUUUAAGGGAGAUCAAGGCUGACUCCCAGGAACCAAUCUGUUCAGUUUGCUCUUUUUCCAGAUCAACCUUGUAUGCAUGUCUUAAAGCAUUUGACAUGGUUUGAAAGCUAGUGCUGAAUAUAUUAGUGAUGCUGAGUGUAAUGGUAAAGGUUUAUUAUACAUUAGGAUCAUGCAGACUUUAAAGCAAAUAUGUUGUGUGGAUUGCAAAAGCUGUCAUUUACAUAAUUACCAAGUAGAGUGAUUAUUUAGCAAAUUCUUGAUGACUUUCGGUGCUACAAUUACAUGAUUCAGCCCUUGAAAACAAGAUUAUACAUUUGCCCAUGCCUCUUCGGGACUAUAUAUCUAAGCUGACUGUACAGAGAUGUCUCAGAUGACAAAUUGCCAGCCAUGUUUCCCCCCUCUUUUUGCCUUUUGGAUAGAGGCUAACUGCACAGUGAUUUAGUGAAACUGCCUUGCAGUUGUGCCUGGAGUUACAGCCAGCAUUUCAAUAAAAGGGGGGGGGGAGUAUGCAUGCUGAUAUAGGCUGAUUUUCAGCAAUACUGCAGUGGCUCUAUGCUGUUGCAGGCUUAGAGACAGCUGGGAGAGGGUUUGGGGAAGUCCAUAGGGACCUCACCAUAGAAUAUUGGGCCCUCCUUAUCUGGCAUUCAUCUGCUUCUUUCAUAUCCUUUAUUCACAACUCCUCAUCCUAAUGAUAGAGGGCUAUGCUGAUGAAACACAGCGGAUGGGAAACAGGCACUAUGCAUUUCCAUAUAGUCACUGUGAUGUGCUCUGGAAGAGAUGGGCACAGGGCUAAAAGAAGCCCUCAUCCCUCCUUUCCUGGCCUUCCCUUGGUAUGUACAUUAUGCCAUGCAGAACUGGAUGCUUGUAAGUGGAGCUCCUUGGGCACUAGGUCAGAAAGUGGCUGAGUCUGUAGGACUCUGUGUUAUGACCAGAUGGCCAGCCAGAAAAGGAGGAACACAGGAAGCUGCAUUAUACUGAGUCAGACCAUUAUUCCAUCUAGCUACUCUGUUUGGUCUACUCUGAAUGGCAGAGGCCUGCCAGAGUGUCAUGCAGGGACUUUUCCCAGUCCAACCUGGUGCUGUGCCAUUGAGCUACAGUCUUCUGAUGAGACCAUGCUGAUUCCUUUUUUCAAGCACAUGGCUGCGUCACUGCAGGGCGCAUCAUGCCCUCGUAGUUUCUAGUUAGUUAGGUUAGAGUGACCUUAGCAGAUUGUCUUUUUCCAUCAUGAGAAUUAAGUGGCUAAAGACUGCUGUCAGGGGCGUGAGGUAGGAAUUAUAAGUGGUUUCAGACAUCAGACUUUCUUGAUAUUAUAGUUGUUUGUAGAUUAUCACAAUGUUUUUUUAAUUUUAUGUCAGCAGAUGAAUGGGCGUCCAAACCAGAGGAUAAAGAUCCACCCCAAAGCCCCUAUUCUCUUGAAACACCCUAUGGCUUCCACUUAGAUCUUGACUUCCUGAAGUACGUAGAUGACAUUGAGAAAGGAAAUACUAUCAAGAGGAUUCCUAUUCACAGGAAGGCAAAGCACCCAAAAUUCAGCACGCUGCCUCGCAAUUUCAGCCUUCCAGAAAAUGGAUCAAGGGCUUACUCCUCAGCCCCAAACAAGAGCUUCCUUACACAAAGGAAGGCCUCCUUAGGGGCAGAGGAAAGCAGCCCUGUUGUCACAUUGACUGACUCAUUGCCCUUAGCCACCCGUUCAAGUGAGCCAAGCUACAGAAAAAAGGCCCUUUUAAUAGAGACUGUCAAGCAAGAUGCUGCGCACCUUGAAGAGGAGACUGGCAACUGUAGAGGGAGGCCUCAGCUUUUGAGGGCAUCCAGUAUGCCUGCCACGCUGCCACCAGGCCAGGAUUCAGAAGUAGAAAAGCAGCCAGAAGCUUUUCCACCUUUGGCAUUCCUUCCGUCUUCUGAUGGGAAAGGCUUGGCAUUUGAUUUUAGUCCCGUAAAGGGAACACUGGAUUCAGAUUGGUCCAAGGGAUCUCCUGAAAAUCUGAAAAAUGUAAAGGAGCAAAUUAGUCAGGCCAUCCAGGAUACUGAGAAGCUUACAAGGCAACAGGAAGAAGCUAAGCUUGUACUAGACCAGGGGCAACCAGAACUUACAAAGGAGAGAAUACAGCCCAGUGCUUCAUGGCAAAGCCAGUAUUUAGUAUCUCAGGAACUGCUUGCAGUUGCUGAGAGCGGAGAAGAGGAAUGCGAUGCAACGGAGACAGAUGUUUGUCGGCCAUCCACCCAAAGUGAAUUGACCACUUUCAGAGCCUUGGAAUACAACCCUGAGAGCCAGACCCAGGAAGACAUAGAACUCAACAUAACUGAGACAGUUACAGCAGGACUACAGGAGGGGCAUGAAGUUACAAGUCCUGGCACUGGAGAGAUGAAAGGAAACAUCAACCUCAAGCCUUUGCUCUCUGAAGAACCUAGCAAGAUAACGGCCUUAAAGCAGCAUAUUGCUAUUCUGGAGGAACAGCUGAACAACAAGACAGAAGAACUUGAGCAGAUUCGAGUAGUUUUGAAGCAGCAGGAUAAGGAAAUCAAGGCCAAGGAGAGAAGCAUUGAAAUGUUGGCAAGUUCCAAAGCUCAACUGGAAGAGAAACUCUGUGGGGAGAGUACCAAAGAAAUUACACCGUGCAAGCAGGACAAAAUUGCCCUCCAGUACCAUGAUGCUGCUGUGAAUACCGAACGGGCAGCUAAGGAGGCAUCUGACAAAGGGGUUAAUGUAAGCAUCACUGUGCCUAUGGAAUCAAUAGGGUGCGAUGCCUGUGAAAUUGAUAAUAAGAAUCUGCAGAUAAAGGAAGGCCAUAGGAAGCUGUUCCAUGUCCACCAUGAGAUGACAAGUGUUGAUGUUGGAGAAAAAGACCGUCCAUCUUUCCAGAGACAGAAAGAAAUGAAACAGGAAAAUGAUAGUUCCCCUCUCGAGCUAAGUUACAAUGAACUGAAGAUUGAUGAACACACUGAUAAUGACAACUACCAGAAGGGAGUGUGCAACUAUGACACACAGUUUUCUGCUGCUAGUGAAGAAAGCUGCUCAGGUGUUGAGGUGGUUGGCUCAAAGGCAGGAGGAAAUGAAGGCCUUUUUGAAGAAGAUUUUAAGCAGGAGCUGAAUGAGGAGGAAACCCGACCAGAACCAAAGAAUUCGCCUGCAGAUCCCAUCGUAGGCCAAUACGUUAAAAAAAUCCAGGAUCUGUUGCAAGAGCAGUGGACAUGCCUAGAACAUGGUUACCCAGAACUCGCCAGUGCCAUUAAGCAGCCCGCCUCAAAGCUCAGCUCCAUCCAGAACCAGCUUGUUAAUUCCUUGAACUUGCUGCUCUCUGCCUACUCAACACAAACGCCAACAGACAAGGAGAAUUCCAACACACAGUAUCAACAGUUGGGUAAAUAAUAUUGGCAAAGCCAGUCUUUCCUUUCCACUUACAUUGCAGCUAGUCAGGAAUAUCACCUGAGAUAUUUUGAAUGAAAUAAACAUGUUUGCUGCUUCAAAAUAAUAAUAAAAAUGUCCAUUUUACCAAAACAAACAAGGGAAACUAAAAGAAAUAUUCUUGUGACAUUUCCACGUUGUUGAAAAGCACUAUUUUAAUGUAAACAGAACUUAAUGUGGCAGUUAAGGAAAUAUGAAAGUUUAGAAACCAAAUUCAUUAUGUCUUAAAAAUAUCAUCCAACAUCACUUAAAUGCAUGGCAUCAUAUUAAUACAACCAAUUUCAUAGUGAUAGAAAGAGAAAAUGGGUAUGGACAGGCAUGGAUGACAUCCUCUCAACUGAUGAACAGGGAUGGCUGGAAUAGGUUUGUGAAAAGCACUCCUACAAUCUAGUUCCAUGCUGCUCAUAAGAAAGUGCAUAGGGCUUCUAUGAAUAGAGUCAACCAGUUUUUUCAGCCCAAACCCAGAACAGCAAAUAUUCACAUUGCUGUAUCAACAUAGUUCCCUUUUUUUAUUUCUCUGCCACUCACACUACUUACUGAGGGUGGGAAAAACCAUGGAUGAACCUCUUUGUAGAAUUUAUCAGCCAUUUAUAUGAUAUCUGUUGUGGUGGAGGAAAAAGUUGCCAUUGCUGUGGCACAGCUGCAACUGGUCAGCUCUGUCAUAAGGUAAGUGCCAUUAAUGUCAGCUGUCCUCUUUCAACAACCUCAGUUCCUCAUUCUGUAAAGAUGUCUGUUCCCACAUUAGUUAUAGGGAACUCUUGGACACAACUGUUUUGAGCCAUUUCACAAUUUAUAAAACUGCUAACACUCUUUUCAAAGCUAAGAAGGGUCCGGUAUGGUUUCAUAUUGGAUGGGAAACCCAUGUGUUGAGUUUCCUGCAUUGCAGGGAGUGGGACCAGAUAACCCUUGAUAUCUCUUCCAGCUCUAUGAUUCUAUCGUGUGAUCAGAAGAGUAGCACAAAGUAUGCCCACCAGAAUGUUUUGGGAUCCAUUCAGUUUCUAGGGCCAAAUCAACUUAACAGACUAAUCCAAGCUAUCAAUAUUUUGAAACGACCCAUUACAGUUGCGCCUUCUUCAAAAUGCACAGCACUUGUUUCCAUUCAGUUGGAAAACAUUAAAUCCGCCCUCAAUCCUCUCUUUAUGUCAUGGAAGCAAUGGAGUCCUAUGUUCACUGAAUCCCAAGCUUACCCAAGUUGAUGACAUUUAAGCUGGACCAGUUCAGCUACCUCAGACUGGAAGUCUAGCUAGAGGGUGGAGUCGGAAGGUAUGCCAACUAUACACUGAUAUUGCAAAGUGUCUCAGGGUUGCCAUUCCAUAUACCGCAGCCACAAACUGAUGACAACAGUAUCUGGGCAAACACUGAUACCAAUGCCUCAUCUUGAGUCAAAUCAAUGAUAGUUGGUGAUUGACAUAUAUAAGCUUUAUAUUUAAACAGCAGCAGUAUCAACACAGCAGGGUCAUCGUUGGUCUCCAUUUUAAGUCUCUUGAGGCAACUGAGCCAUCUGCUGUUCUCCACACUGUCUUCAUCUUCCCUUUGUCUUGUUUUCUUCUGAACACUACAUUUCAUAAUGAGUUGAACAUCACGGACAUAUAAAAUGGGCCCAAGCAAUGUAGGAAACCUAAUGGGAAUGUCCUCCGCAAACACCAACAAGGACCCCAAAGUGGUUGAGAAAAAGUCCUAUCCACUUCUACAAAUUCCUGUUGCCCUCUUGUGCAGCGAAGGAGAACUGACAUACCCCUGUUCUUUUGCUCCAUCCUUCACAUUAUUCUAUCACAUUCCCUUAACUCCACUGACCAUCAAUUGCAUCUGCACACUCAACAAAAUAGAAGCACCAACAAAAUGCCUGUAGCUUGGGAAGGGGAUGGGUCUUUGUAAUGAUGAAUAAAUAAAUGUUAUUGCAGUUAUGCAUGUGACAUUGCUCAGUGUUGGGCCUUAAAGCUGGGUUGAGGGAUCUGUGCCUGCAACUCCCAUAAUGCCUGACUAUUGACCAUACUGAUGGAAACUGGCAUCCAACAACAUCUAGGGACCCAAGAUUGGGGGAGCCUUCUCUGGUUGCUGCAUCAUACCAACCACUGGUGUCCUUCCCCAACCAGGGUAGGGUAGGUAAGUCUAUGAAGCUAUCAAACAGAAGAACUACCAGACAAGAUAGGCCUCUUAAAAACAGCUGCAUUGUGAACCGCUUUUGAGGUUUUGUUUUUACAAUCAAGCAGUGUGUAUAUAUAUAUGUGUGUGUGUGUGUGUGUGUGUGUGUGUGUGUGUGUAGCCACUGGUGUAGGAGUUGAGAGGUGUUGAGAUCAGCCUUUCAAUAUAGGGGGACUUAAUUACCAUGUUCAGUUUGUUAAAGGUAUGUGAUAUAGUUAAGUAAGACAACUCUGUUACAACAUUUCUGAUGUUCUGUGUUUUCAAUAUUUGUAUUAGAAAUUUCUCCAAGCACAAGCCUUAAAUCUAUAAUGAAAAAGAAGGACACUGGUUUCCAUGCAGGAGGUAACGGCACCAAAAAGAACCUUCAGUUUGUUGGGGUAAAUGGUGGGUAAGCAUCAAUGGAAGAAGCAAAACUGCCUUGUCAUUUAUAAUGCUACUUUUUAAUGUAUGCCAAAAGAAAAGAUUGAUGUAUUAAACACAGACUCACUUCAUUCCUUCUCCAUUCUGAUGUUGGCAAGAUUGCUGCAAAAGGCUGGAGGAAGCAUUGGGACGUAUCAGGGGUGAGCAAACUUUUUCAGCAGGGGGCCGGUCCACUGUCCCUCAGACCAUGUGGGGGCCCGGACUAUAUUUUGGAAAAAAAAAUAUAUGAACGAAUUCCUAUGCCCCACAGAUAACCCAGAGAUGCAUUUUAAAUAAAAGGACACAUUCUACUCAUGUAAAAAUACCAGGCAGGCCCCACCAAUAACCCAGAGAUGCAUUUUAAAUAAAAGGACACAUUCUACUCUUAAAACAUUUCUGAUUCCCAGACCGUCCGCAGGCCGGAUUGAGAAGGCGAUUGGGCCGCAUCCAGCCCCCAGGCCUUAGUUUGCCUACUCAUGACGUAGGUCGUUAGCCGAAGUAUUGAAAAGUACUACGCUAAUAUAAAUGAAAGCUGAAAAUCACUGCAAACUUCACAAAAGGAAUGGUAACCUUAGCACUGAGUGAGUAGGCUAGGAAACAGACAUACGGUAAGCAGUGACACCAAAAGCCAGGAAAUCAUUGGAACUAGCUUGCAAUUUGCAGUUCUCUCGAUUUCUGUAGAAAGAACAAAACAAUCUGAACUCAGAUAUUUUUUCACUCUCUUUGACAAAUAGACUUAAGAAAAAAAAAUGCCAGCGAACCUUUUAUUCAGAAGACUGCAGCUUCCCAUUACUAGAAUGUUGUUUACCACACAAUCUUAAAUAACUACUGCCAUGGUUGGCUGUGAUGUAAAGGCACUGUGUUAAUUUAAGCUUCCAGAUACAUAGGCAACUCUACAGCUCUUGGCUUCCAGUGAAGAAGGCAAGUUGGUUUUAAGAAAGUUUCAUCAACUUUGCCCACCUUCCCCUGUAAACCAGAUCCUCUGCCAUUUGCCUAGCGCAUCUCUCCUCACCAAGUUCCAAAUCCAAGUGGACUGGCUGUUUGCUGUGUAGUAGUUGCUUGUAAACUCACAGAGACACGACAGAAACCAUGUAGGAAGCCGGACAUUUGUAGCUGUAGAUUAAUGCUGCAAUCGCUUGCAACUUCCUUGAAAGGUGGAAUAUUGGAAUCAAAGGUCGUUUGUGGCCAUGUGUUUAAAUACAUUAAUUUAUUUGCAAAAACUUCUAUACUACCAUCUUUUUUUAAAAAAAGUGAACAGCUCAAUAUCAAUGAUACGACAUUCAUAAAAUGCAAAAUAUAUCACAAAUCAUUAAAACAGAUUAUUAGCAUGUCUACAUGUUGCUAUCAGUCCACAUGCACAUGGACAUCUGUACCUGCCCAAACUUCACUACAAACAUCACAAUACUUGUUUGAUGUCUGGGCCCUGUAUAUUUCAUAGUCUAUCCUCCCCAUCUCAGGUCAAAAUCUUGAGAGUGAGGGCUAACACAUUUUCUUCCCUAAGCAUCUGAUAAAGUAGUAGUUUUAAAGGGACAACCCUUAGAAGUGAUUUAGCAAACAGUCACCAUUGGCUUCUAAGUGCUUUGAUAUAGAGGUGGUUACUUUAUCAUUUUACUUUGAAGAUGCACAAAUGCUAGUAAAAUGUUUUAAGUUCCAGAUAAGAUAAAAUGUAUUUGAAUAAAAUGAGAAAGCAAUGUAAUUCAUCAUUAAGGGGAUGGCCCCCAAUCUAUAGUACUAACAGAAUACCUAGCUGAACCUUAGCAAACCCAGUGGCUUGUUUUUUGACAUAAUAGCCAUGCAACAAUCUCCAACACAACCUUUGGCCACUUAUAACAGUCUCACCAGCCAGGUACAGAUAGAGAUGAAUGAAUCUUUAAUUUUGAUUUCUUUCAGUUUCUCAUUUUUCCAGCCUUAAGGGACAGUACUCCACAUUUCUGCAUUAGUGUGCAAUUAAAAACAAUAGUAAACCAGCAUUUUAUUGUGUAUUUCUCCCAAUAUACACAUUUUGGUAUACAAUUUCCCGUAAUAUAAUGCAUUUUUGGUGUACUAUUUUCAGUAAUAUAAGUAUUUCCAUGUGCUUUCCCAAAUAUAUGCAUUUUUGUACACAUAUAGUUGGAGAACUGAAUAGCAAAAUUCAAAGAAGCACAAACUGGGUGGAUAGCUGCAUUUUGAUUUGUGUACUGUAUUGUUUAUAGAGGUGAAAAUGACAUGUUUUUGCAUAAAAAUGUGAACAACACUAAAUAUAUCCAGUGGCUAUCUGCUUCCAGUUCUGUCCAGGAGCUGUUGUGGCUGCUUUAACUGUUAUUUCACAGCUGCUGGGCGAUGUGGAAGCAGGACUUCAAAUGUGUUGGAGCUUAGCAGAGGGUGAAAAGGUUGGGGAGCUCUCAGUAGAGCUCAAGUUUGUGGAUCAUUCCCUGAAUUAGGGACAAUGCCUUCUAAAACAAUGUAAAGUAGAAUUCAGAUAUAUGCUCCUAAUUGUAAUGGAAGCAUUAAACAUGUGUGCCAUAGUUGGGGACAUAAAUCAGAAAGCUAAGAGUUGUUAAGACACCAAUAUUGCUUUGGUAUUGGUUCUAAAUAUUAGUCUUGCAGUGAGAAAGAUGUCAAUGACAUGUGCAUAGUUGUCAUGUAGAAUUGUUUGCCAGGUUCUUCCCUUGGCAUCAGUGCCUAUAAUCCCCAUUCUGGAAAUUAUGCAAUGUCACUUCACCUCAAUCUCACAUUUAUGGCACAGAGCCAUAAAAGUAUUAUGAAUGAGCCACGUCAUGGUAGUUAGAAAGCAAGCAAUAAUACUGUUAUUGAAACCACCAAUCCUACAAGAGUCCAGUUCCUUUCGAAUUAGCAAAAACUUGCAUGCUUCUGAGAUUACUUAUGUCCCAGCGAAUAAAAAAAAAUAUCCAUGGCUUGCACAGCCUGGGAUUUCAAAUUUAAGAGGGUUUUGGGCCUAGGGCCCACCAAGUUUGCUUAUAGCUCUAUGGUUCUUGGACAGAAGGAACGCUGAAUAAUGCCUGCUGUCCUCACCCAGUUACGAAACCACAUCCAGUGAAGAUUCCAGUUGUGAAGAAAGCUCCUCAGAAGGGAAUUCAGAUAGUGAGACUGAGAGAAAGUGUGGCAAUGAUGAGCAUAGAUGGGGUGAAGAUGGCAAUGAAAGUGAACAAAGAGCUUCUGGAACUGCCCAUUACGCAAGGAAAGAAGACCCAGAAGAGCAAGAGGGACCCACACGACCAAGCACACAGCACAAGGCAGACAGGUAAUGGUUCUUGUUUUUUAUUUAGAGCAUUUGUACUCCAUUUUUUAGCUUUAAAAGCUCCCAGAGUGGCUUACAUGGAAUCAAUUAACAACCCCUGCCUGCAAGCUUAAAAUCUAAAUAAAACACACACACACACACAAACACACACACACACGAACAGGGAGGGAAGAGGGAAAAUCAAACUCGGGUCCCAAUUCCUAAACAGUUGCUUUUGUUAUAACCAGCUGGCACAGUUUAGGGGUAAGAGGUGCCUGAUGCAGCUGGUGUUUCAGCAAAGCUGCUGGAACGUUAUGUGAACAUGUACAAUUCCUGCAGACAAUCAGUAGUAGUUUCUGUUCCAUUCUGCUUUCAGCAGGUGUAAUAAUGUAUUUGAGAGAAACAUUAAUAAAAUCCAAGUUGUUAUGACCUAUAAGGCAUUUGAAUUAACACUGAAGACAAGGUAUUAUUAUGAUUAUUCAUUUAUGAAUCAUUUUCUGCUUGUUUCUCAAAGUGAUUUACAAACAUAACAAACAAAAAAGGCCAUCUAAAAAUAAAUUUUAAAACUGAAACAACCACUACAAAGGAUAGGUUUAAAAGCAACACGAGGUGUACACCUAAGAGAGCGGCAAGAGCUUGUUGAAACAAAAAUGCCAUCAAUUGUUUCCAGAAAGUACAAAUAAUGGAUCCCUGAUGUAUGUCAACAGGGACACAGUUGAACACAAUGGGCAGGCAUACGGGAGGCCCUGCUCUGAGUGUUUCUGGUAGUUUGGAGACUUGAAAGUGAAACACUAAUGCAAAACACAGUAGCCUUUUGGGUAUACAGUGGUACCUCGGGUUAAGUACUUAAUUCGUUCUGGAGGUCUGUACUUAACCUGAAACAGUUCUUAACCUGAAGCACCACUUUAGCUAAUGGGGCCUCCUGCUGCUGCCGCGCCGCCGGAGCACAGUUUCUGUUCUCAUCCUGAAGCAAAGUACUAAACCUGAAGCACUAUUUCUGGGUUAGCGGAGUCUGUAACCUGAAGCGUAUGUAACCUGAAGGGUAUGUAACCCGAGGUACCACUGUAUAACAAACAGGGUAGUUUCUCAAGUAACCUGUUUUUAUUACAUUUAUAUCCCACCUUUCCUUCAAGGAACUCUCCCCCUCCUCAUUUUAUUCUCACAACACCCCCUGUGCUUUAUGUCCUGCAUUGAACCUUUCAAUUAUAUAGUUGCAUAUAAAAAAAAGAGUUAUUGAAUAGUAGUAGGGGGCAGAGGAGCAGUUUUGCUAUAAGGGCCUUCCCCCCUAUUAGUAUUCAUUUAUUUUUCCUGAUCUUAUUCUUUAAAAAGAGAAGAAGCUGUGUUUUCUGCACAUUUUUUUUUUACAGUGAAUCCACAAAGAUGUUUUUCGUUUUCAGAUUUAAACCCUCUACAGAUUUUCUGAAAGGAUGCCAGAUCUUGAGCAAACACCUGCCAGAAAUAAGAACCACGAAGGACAAAUUACUGGUACUAAUAUUUUUCAUGUUGUAUUUUGAGCACCUCUCUGUUUCAGCUUAAUUUAAGAACCUUCUCAGUUAUUAUUUUUGGUUAAUGGUGGACUCAGAGAAUAAUAGAAUUGUAAAGUUGGAGGGGACCAUGAGGCUCAUCUGGUCCAUUCCCCUGCAAUGCAGGAAUCUUUUGCCUAAUGUGGGGCUGAGACCCACAACCCUAAGAUUAAAAGUCUCAUGCUCUACUGACUGAGCUGUCCCUGGCAUACUAGCGCCAGCUUUUCACUGAUGUGUUAUGGUUAACUUCGAUUUCCCUAUUUUCAAAAUCUAAAUUAAUGAAAUGCUAGUUUUGAUAAAUGGUGUAGGGAAGUAAAAGACACAUUUCCCCAAAUAAAGUUUGUUUUAUAUAGUUUAUUCAUUUGCAGCAAUCAACCAUAAUAAAACCUUUUCACAUCUUAAACCCAUUGCAUUUAUCAUCACAAAGCAGAUGUCAGGAUAGAACUUGGGGGGGGGGGGGGGAAGGUUAAAUCUGUGGGCAUCUGAGGAGACUGAGACUGAACCUGUGGGCUUCUAGAUUUUAGUCCUCUCUGUACUACAUGGUUGGCUCCCAUUCAUUCGGAGUAUACAGCAUUGUGUAUUAAUACUCUUUGCUAGAUUGUAUCCAGUGUUACUAACUGGGUUGUAUUCAACAUUAGCUAUUCUCAGAGUAAGCCCAUUUAUAUUAAUGGAUAUGACUACUUCAGUUCAUGAAUUUCAAUGGGUCUACACUUGGCCACAACACUGCAUCUCUCAAAACUCAAAUCAGUCCAGUUACUGAAAAGAUGUUGGGCUGGUCUGCUACCAUAGCAGGAUUUCAUUACAAGGCAAGUUUAAAUAUGCGUAGAUUUAUUUAUUAUGUCUCAGUUAUAGAUUGCUUUUUGUAGCCUGCCCAAGCAGAGGAACAGCACAUUAAACUAUAAUAGAAUUAAGAUUCAACAAGGCUGGGGAGCAUGCAGCCAUCCAGAUGUUGUUGAACUCUCCCAUCAGUUCUAGCAGAGCUGCUCUGGUAAGAGCUAUCAUCUCAUCUUGGCAUCUCACAGUGCUGUUCCAUGGAGGAAGUUUGUACAUAGAGCAGUAAGUUACUAUAUGGACUGAAAUCUGAGGACUUUCUUGGUCCCCAGAGGUGAAUGGGAGGCACUAAUAGUUUGGCUGUGAGCUUCAAGCACAAAAACGUUGUUAAAGAGUUUGGAAUACCCUCAUUGUUGGACUAAAUCAGCUGUCGGUCUCUUUUUUAGAGGCACGUUUUAAGCACCAUCUGCCAGGAGUGGUUCCGAAUCUCAAGCAGGAAAUCCUCCAGCCCUGAAAUUGUGGCAGCUUACCUCCAAGAGGUUGAGGCAAUUCAUCCACAGUUAGAGAAUAUAAUUGUGAACUUGGCUGAUGGGAACGGCAACACAGCACUUCAUUACAGUGUUUCUCAUUCCAACUUUCGGAUUGUGAAGCUUCUUUUAGAGACAGGUAAGAAUCCCUUAAUUGCUUUUUCGGAGCUGAAAAUUAUGUCCAUUUGUUCUGCUUUCAACACUCUCCCUGAAACUGCUUUUCCAAUCUGAGUUCUUAGGGCCCAACUGGGUACAGUGGUACCUCGCAAGACGAAUGCCUCGCAAGACGGAAAACUCGCAAAACGAAAGGGUUUUUUGAGUUGCUUCGCAAGACGAUUUUCCCUAUGGGCUUGCUUCGCAAGACGGAAACGUCUUGCAAGUUUGUUUCCUUUUUCUUAAAACCGUUAAUACAGUUGCGACUUGACUUCGAGGAGCAACUCAUAGAACGCGGUGUGGUAUCCUUUUUUGAGGUUUUUGAAGACUUUGGUGAUUUUUGAAGCUUUUCCAAAACUUUUCCGACACCGUGCUUCGCAAGACGAAAAAAACCGCAAGACGAAAAAACUCACGGAACGAAUUAAUUUCGUCUUGCGAGGCACCACUGUACUUGUUUUCUUUUCCUUUAAUUGCGGUAAUCUUCUCUCUGGCUUUCCUACAUUAUGCUUUGAUCUUGUCCACAAUCUGCAGCAAAGGGGGAGCUGGCAUUGUCUCCUGAUUUACUGCUCUCUGCUUAUUUUCCUUUGGUGUAUAAAAAUAUUUAUAUACCAUUAUUCCUUUAAAAAUAUCAUAAUGAUUGACAGCGAUCAUAUAUAAAACCAUGUAAAAAUGUAAAAUCAGAAUUUGGUGAUUACAGAAGGAUAACUUCUUAAUGGCUGGCAUAAGCUUGGAAGCAUUCUUGAAGGAGUCCUCUGUUUGAAGGCCUGUUCAACCCAAAUUGGGUUGAAAGAUAAAGAGCGUUAGAGGAAGGGAUAACAGGGGCCUUGAAAUUGCCCGUCAACAGUUAGCCCCUAGAUAGCACACUGAGCAGGCACACAGGUCACACUAUGCUGAUAUGCGUUGUAUUUCCACUUACGUAAAGGUAAAGGGACCCCUGUCCAUUAGGUCCAGUCAUGGCCGGCUCUGGGGUUGCGGCGCUCAUCUCGCUUUAUUGGCUGAGGGAGCCGGCGUACAGCUUCCGGGUCAUGUGGCCAGUGUGACUAAGCCGCUUAUGGCGAACCAGAGCAGCGCACGGAAAGGCCAUUUACCUUCCCGCCUAAGCGGUACCUAUUUAUCUACUUGCACUGGCGUGCUUUCAAACUGCUAGGUUGGCAGGAGCAGGGACCGAGCAACGGGAGCUCACCCCAUCAUGAGGAUUCGAACCGCCGACCUUCUGAUCGGCAAGUCCUAUGCUCUGUGGUUUAACCCACAGCGCCACCCACGUCCCUCCAUUUACGCAGUUAGGUCUAAAUUAUGUAUGCGGUAGGUAUAUUUACUAUAUAAAGGGUCAAUCAGCCCUUAAAUAUAGAUAUGGCUGACUUCUGUUUAUUUAUUUAGGAUACUUAUAGAUGCAGCCUUCCUGAAAAAGAACUCGGGGUGAUGUACAUUAAAAAAAAAUCUACGCAAAAUGCAUCCAAACAUAGCUAAAAACGUGUACAAACUAAAAACAACACCACCUACUAUAUCAAGUAAUUCAAACAAAGAUACAUGCAUUGCUGCUAAGGAAGUAAUCUUCUAUUCAUCAGAUUGCAAAAGAGUUACAAAAGUGUUUUCAGUUGACACCUGAAACCCAAAAAUUGUGGUAGAAAAUUACAGACCUCUAAGGCGCAAGAGCAUACCAGAGUUAGGCCCUUCAAUACAGGCUCUUCUACACAUCCCCUCACCCCAAAUUCGGGGGGAAACUGUGAAAUAUUCUAUGCUGUAACAGUCACAGUAGGCAUGACUGUACUUCAUAAUCGAGGAUUGCUACUUAUAAACUGAAAUGGGAAGCUAGAGUUCAGCAAUAAAAACUGCAUUCUAAACGGUUGGCCUGUCAGGUCAGAUGUGAAAGAGUAAAAUGUCCUACCAGAUUUUUAUCCAGUAAACAUGCAUGUAUUUUCCAGCAAGAAGAAAGAAGCUCUUUGAUUUCCUGGUUGGCAUGACGACCUGUAAAAUGUUAGAAGAAUGGCAUAUUAUCAUAUGUGUCUAUAAAUCAAUUGUUGCACUAAGACUUCCAAGCCACCCCAGAAUAUUGAAACAAGGUUGUUUUGUUCUCUUGGUAGAUGCCCCCGGGCAAUUAUAUUCAAAGCUACACACUGAGUUUUAAAUACUAACUCAUUUCAAGUCUAUGAAAGAAGGGAAAUAAUAGCAUGCCCUGGAGUUCUAGCAAUGAUGCAAACCUUAAGAAAAACCUUGAUACUGUCUGCUCUGCCUGGGCGCAACUCUCCAAACAGAGGUCUUUGCCAACCCUGCUGCUUCAGAUCUUUUGUUUGGAGAAGACACUGAACCUGGGACUUUAUACAUGCGAAGUAUGUGCUCUACCACUGAACUUCUUUCUUCCAGUUUCUUUCCCAUCCUUUAGUCACCUAUUUCCUUUUGCAUACCUACAUCUUCCUUUGAAGUUAAGACAGCCAAGGUCUGAUGCCAAGGACUAUGAGGAAAACUCUCACAAUAAGCCAGACACAAUAGCCUUAUUCAUGCAUUAUACUUGCCUGCUGGGCAUCACCCAUGGAACCAGGGGCGGGGAAUGCUUUUAGCCCUGCCCUGAGGAAUUCUUCCAGAAGCAACCAUGCUUUGCCCUACGUGUGUGUAGGGCCUCUGCAUGAGGCCCCACACAUGAGCAAGAACUUGAACACUGGUUUCUCUUCAGACAAGUGUGGGUGACGCACAUGAGGAAGAGGAAGCAACAUCAAUGGCAGCGUGAAGGGCACAACCCCACUCCAAGUAAUCGUGCUAAUGCCCUCCGCGUGAGCAAUCUGUGGCUAGGGCUAAUCAAUGUGUAUUUCCCUUUUUCUCCCAAGUAAGGUAGCCAGCUCCUGUUCCCAUAUGCCUUUCUAGCAAAUCCAACACAUAGUGUACAUAUUUAGUACAAGGCAUAUUAAAUAAAAUAUCAUUCUCCCUAACCAAGGUAUUUCAUGCCUAUCCCCUUAUAAACUGUCUUGGGUCAUAUACAGGCCACCAAAUUUCUCUAGGGAUGAGAGGAAAGUGUUGUUAGGACCAAUUUGCACCUUCCGAGACUGGCGUAGGGAUUUUUUCUGAUGCAGUAUCAGUAAAGUAUUGGUGAAAUUGCUUCAUGAGGGGGCCCAAUGACCUUGCCCCCCGCCGCCAGUGUUGUCAGUGAAUGUAGAAUGGACCUUGUUCUGGUGUGACAAUGAGCUGAAUUGAGCCCCUGAUUUUGCCGUUUAUCCCAUUUGAGCUUUUGAGUCUUUUCCUUUAAACUGUCCAAACAAGUCAAAAGCUGAAGUGAGUGGAAUGAUCAUUAUUCCAGCAUAACAAAUUGUGCAAACGGGGUCGUGCUUACAGAAGGCAUGCAUGGUCCUGACUAUAUUCUGAGAAGCUCUAGAAAAUGCAAGGAGUGUGUUCCCUUCUGUCGCCGUAACUUCUCCAUGUUUUGUUUCCAGAGUCUUUGCCCUAACAGGAAGCUUGCUUAGCUCUGGAAAAUACAUCCCUCUGAAUUUAAAAUUCAGUGUGUUAAAGCCUAAGGAACAUGAAUCAGAUUCUUGAUCUUCGCAGUUAUCUGUACCAUCUGUUGCUGAUUGUCUUUUAAAAAAACAGAUACGUGAUAAAUAUUUAUGUGUUUAAGGCUGCAAUCCUGUAUGCAUUUACAUGGGAGUAAAUACCAGUGAAAACAACGGGGCAUACUUCUAAGUAGACACAUAUAGGAUUGCACUGUAAGGUACUGUCUAUGGCAACCUUUUGCCAGCCCGGCGUCCUCCAAAUGUUUUGGAGGACAGCUCUCAUCAGCCCUAGCCAGCUAAUUUCCAUUCAUUGUGGAGCUAAUUGUAAUCUGGAGGAUUAAGCAUUGGUGAAGGCUGAUUUCUGAGAUACAAGUAAAUUAAAUAAGAAUAUUGCUUCACGUGUCUUGCGCUUCUUUGACUCCUGGUAGAUAUAGAUAGAUGAAAAAUGUUGCCUCUUGUUUAGGUGUCUGUGAUGUGGACCAUCAAAACAAAGCUGGGUAUACAGCAGUAAUGAUCACACCACUUGCAUCAGCAGAAACCGAUGAAGAAAUGGACGUGGUCACGAAGCUCUUGAAAGAAGGCAAUGUUAAUAUACGGGCAAGUCAGGUAUGCUGAAAUGUGUCACUACAUUUUGUUUUGAGUUACAGACACUAAAAGGCUUUUUUAUAUUAAAAAAGUGAUCAUGGGUAUCUGGACUCAUAAAACGUUACUUUAAUGCUAUCGUGCUGAAAUGUCAGUCUUUGCUUACAUGAUCAAGAUGCCACAAUAUUUGUAAUAGUACAUAAGAACAUAAGAAGAGCCUGAUGGAUCAGACCAGUGGCUGAUGCAGUCCAGCAGCCUCAUCUCACGGUGGUUGAACAUUUGUCUGUGGGAAACCAGCAAGCAGGAUUCGAGCACAACAGCACGUUCCCCUCCCGUGGUUUCCAGCAUCUGAUCAGAAGCAUCGCUGCCUCCAAUUGUGGAGGCGAGCGUAGUCAUCAUGGCUAGCAUGCAUGUAUUUGAUUUACACACAGUCCUUCAUCAUAAGAUCUCAGUAGCCAUUGGUAUCCCUGUCCUCCAUGAAUUCAUCUAAUCCUCUUUUCCAGACCUCUGCUUACCCUCAACAUCUGCUUCAGAGGGUUGGUGCUGUAAACAGGGUCUCCUGUAUCAGACUUGGCUAAAUUAUUUUGCUCAUAUCUACAGACCAACUAAAUUUCACCGGCUUAUCUUACAUUGCUAUCUUAGAGUGGCUACAUAUAUUUAUCAGCAGGGAGAUUAUGAGCUUUUUUUCCUAAUCUUUUUCCUUCCCAUAAUUCAACAAAAUGGCAGCCACAACUCCGAAGCUUUGUCAGAGAUUGGGCAACACACAAAAAAAAUAGCUUUGAGAGAAUGAAGAGAUGGGAGUACAACAUUCACUAAAGAAUCGGAGUGCACCAUGUUUUCAUGUCUUCCUUAUAUCCUUCGCCAUCUUGCACCAUUUUCCUCCUUAAAGAACGGGCUACAAAUGUUGGUGAUUUUCUUCACUGAGAGAAUAAGAAAUAGUAUACAAAAACUAAUUUUCUUUCUCUCUUGCUUCUGAUUUUUUCUAGGGAGGCCAGACUGCCUUGAUUCUGGGGGUGAGCCAUGAUAGAGAAGAUAUGGUGAAAGCCUUGUUGUCAUGUGGCGCUGAUGUAAACCUUCAGGAUGAUGCUGGUUUGUCACCACUGAUGGUUGCUUCUCAGUAUGGUAACAUCGAAAUUGUGAAGCUUCUCUUGACCCAUCCAAGUUGUGAUGCUGCAUUGAUUGACAAGGUGAGAGAAAUAAAUGCUUGCCAAAUUAUAAGGACCCGCAAUUUCAAACCAUGUUAAAACUAAGCUUGCUGUUAAAUACUAUCUCAAACGGGUUUUAACAUAAAAUUUGGGAACCAAUAAUGAGGGUUUUUUUCUGAAAUUGCUAGCAAUCUUAUAGAAAUUCAGGUUUCUUCUGACAGAGCUGCUCUUGACUUGACUUUCGGAUGUGUACAAAGGUCCUUGUUAAACAGUGUAGUUCCUAACCUAACUUUUGCUCACUGUCACAUCAUUAUGAGUUUUUUUUUAGCUGUAGCAUGCAUGCACAGGCCAACUGUAUGUGUUUCUAUAAGAAUACGGAUCCCAUGGUGCAGUACAACAGUGAGCAAAAAGUGCUUGAGAACAACGUAUGUAGUGACAGUUGACUACAAAACUCAUGAUACAACAAGACUGAUGUACAGGGAUGCAUGCUCUAGCCUGGGAAAGCAAAUUUCAAGGUGAAAUUUACUGCUCCUUAAAAGGCAAAUGAGAUUCCUGUCUCAUUUUCCUUAUAAACUGAGCAGAGGUUAACGGCUGCUGCCUCACACACAGGCAGAGGUUUACUGAGGGAGGAUACCAUUUAUUAUGAUUGGCCGAGCUGUGCACUUGUCUACAGGUCAACCAAUUAAGUUGCUAUUGGGACUGGAUCUCUUGGGAUUUAUAAGCUUGUGCCCACCUUUCCUCCUACCCUUGCCAACGGCAUUCCAAUUUUUGCCACCCACUCUUAAAACCUAACCUCAUGAGCUGUUGCUAGCUGCUGCUUCCUUGCAGGGCUGUGAAAGAAAAUACCUCUGUCAACGAUUGGCCUAUUUUUAGCCAAGAUACGUGUACAGUGGUACCUCGGGUUACAGACACUUCAGGUUACAGACUCUGCUAACCCAGAAAUAGUACCUCGGGUUAAGAACUUUGCUUCAGGAUGAGAACAGAAAUCACAUGGCGGCAGUGGGAGGCCCCAUUAGCUAAGGUGGUUUCAGGUUAAGAACGGACCUCCAGAACGAAUUAAGUUCUUAACCCGAGGUACCACUGUAUUCUGUUUGUCACAACUCUUGGGCACAGAGCUGAGCAUACAGCAAAUUGUAUCCAAACUGGAUAGAGCAAUUUUAGAUCAAUCUUAAUUAAUGUGAGUAGCAAUAUGGCAUUAACAUAUUAUUUUCAACCUAAGGGGUGUGAGAUGGGCUUAAAAUGGCUCUAGGGGUUCUUUGGAUUCUUCAAGACUCAAAUGGGGAGUUUCAAAUUAUUCUCCUUUUACCCACUAUUCAAUAAAUACUGAACACUGAGGUCUCAGUUUUGAGAAGCGUCAAUUUGCGUUAGUUUUCAGCUUGCCCUAUGGAUGAUUUACACAGGCCAACUUGCGGUUAUACAGCAGGUUGGUUUGGUUGACCUCCCUGACCCAGUUGGCUUGUAUGCCCUUUCAACAAAAGAAGUGGCCGGUUUAAGAUUUAUUUUGUGUGUACUGGUCUCCCUUCCACUUCUGCAACAUGGCCACAGUUCUCCUGUUGUUACUACUACUUAACAGCCACUUCUUUAAAUUAGUGUAGGCUUAUAAACAACACUUUAGUCAUUUGAGGAAGUUUUUGAUAAAUACUAACAGCAACAGAUAGGCUCUCUAUUCCUGUAUUUCUACAGGGCUUUCAGAACAUCCAUUGUCUCUGAAAUUCUGUGGCUUAGCAAGAAUUUGAAUCAAAGUCUAGGUCAAUGUGAACCAGUCUGGCUUUCACUUCCUUCUGUAUUUUGGGGGUGGCUGCCCUGCCAUGUUAAUAAAACCCAACUAGGAAUUUAGGCUUUUUAAUGUUUAGAUCAGGGUGGAGAACCUAUGUCCCUGCAGAUGUUGACUGCAGUUUCCAUCGACCUGAGCAAGCAUGCCCCGUUGGCCAUAGCUUCUUAAUCCGACUAAUAGAUUCUUAGGGAAGUGUCAGUCAAAACAUACCAAGCUGAUCUCUAGGUAAUUUAUCCUGAGUUGAUCUGAUGUGGCGUGAAUUCAAAUCAUAUGAAAAGUACCCCAGGUAGACUAAAUCUGCAGCAGUUUAUCUCUUUCCAUUGUUUAGUUUAUAUCACAGGAAGAAAGGUUUACUUAUGCUGGCAGAAACUAGAGAAAAUGCUAUAAUUAAUUGGAUCCAGAUGUGUCCCAUCAAGCUUUGCCUCACAGUGAAACAGCCUGGUAUUUAAGCAGAAUUUCCAAGCCAAACAACUCUUGAGGCAGGGCUGUGACUUCCAAUAAGCUUUUAACUGCAUGUACACGGAUGCAACUGGAGACCAUCAACAUCGUGUUGAUUCCACAUGAAAUUUAGUGCUAAUAUGCUAUUAUAAAGGACCUGCUCUGUUAAUGAGCAAUUGACUCUGCUGUGUACUGUUAGAAGACCCGGGAGUUUUCGUAUUUGGUUUUUGUUUGUUUUCUGCAAAAUGAGACUUGCCUUGUGUUCUGUCUGCCAAAAAGUGGGGUCAAUAAAGUGAAAUGUGAUUGUUUGCAAUACUUCAAAUACCUAAUCCGGAAGGCUGCCAUUGAAAGAUGCUGAUUCAUAAUAGCUACGAAAUCUCACCCAAUGGGCUGGGAGUCUUUAUGUCAAAGUCUGCCAUUGUUGGCAUCCAUCUGUCUCAGGAGACAAUGGAGUGCACCUCUAGAGGUGAAGUCAAACCACUGGAGAAUCACAGCGCCUGCUGUGGCUGCAGAGAGCAAUAAAUCUUAAUUGCUGCUUUCCACAUUGUUUUUGCUGCAUUAGCAGCACCAAAGUGACCUCUCUGGGCGUAAGCCUGGGCAGUGUGUAGGUAUAGCUUAGAAAAAAAUAAUGUGCUUGCUCCUUUAGAGAAGGUGCUCUGUUGUUAUAAAUGUGGGUGGUGGUUUCUUUUCUUCUUUAUUUAACAGUAUGUACAGCUUUAGACUUACCGUAUUUUUCUGUGUAUAAAACACCCCCAUGUAUAUUUUGGGGGACUAAAUUUAAAGAAAAUGAGGGGAGAUGGCUGGCAGCUUCCCCUCCACGCCAUUGCGGGAAACAUGCACUUCCCACUGAUGCAUGGGGGGGGGGGAGUUGCACGCCCACCAACCAGAUGACUGGCAGCCCGCAGCUUACCCUCCCCCAUGCCACUAUCCAUGUAUAAGACAACUCCAGUUUUUUGACAUGAUUUUUGAGUCAAAAAACUUCGUCUAAUACACAGAAAAAUACGUUAAGUCUAAACGUAGAGUGCUGGCAUAAUAAUAAUCUCCUUUUUUUCCUCUCCUUCAUGUAGGCUGGUAAUUCUGCUUUGUCCAUAGCUUUGAAAUCUGCCCACACGGAAAUUGCAGAGUUCCUUCGGAGCCACAUACAGCACAGUCGGCCUCUGAAUACAUAA